GUGUGUGAAACAUCUGCAGAUGGCAACACAUCACCUCUGCCCCAUAUUGACACACAAUGAAACAUCCCACACAAGGGUUUAAAAUCUGAUUCACUGCUGAUAUUCAUGCUUGUUGAGUCUUCCAGAGAGUCAAGUAAACACCCGAAGAUGCCUGUUGACUACAGUGGGACAUGGGACAUUGUCAGCAAUGUCAAUUUUGAGGAAUACAUGAUUGCACUUGGAAUUGAUUAUCCAACACGCAAGAUUGCCGUGAUGCUGAAGCCUCAGAAAGUGAUUGAGCAAAAUGGAGACUGUUUCACAAUCAGGACAUUUAGCACUUUCAAAAAUUUGGAGUGCUCAUUCAAAAUUGGAGAGGAGUUCAAAGAGGUGACGAAAGGAAUGGACAACCGGACGUGCCAGUCUGUGGUGAACUGGGAAAAUGACAAGCUGGUGUGUGUUCAGAAAGGAGUGAAGAAGAACAGAGGGUGGACUCACUGGAUCGAGGGAGAUGAGCUUCAUUUGGAACUCACCUGCGAGGACAAAGUCUGCAAGCAAAUUUACAAAAGGACUCUGUGAUUUAUCCAUGUCAGUUAAAACUAUUAACUAUAAGAAAUUCAUUUACUUCACUUCACUUCAUUUAACAGUAUUUACACGAAAUGAGCUAAGCCACAUAAUGUAGCCCUUACACUGUAUAGAAAGAGAGUGUAAUUUGAUUUGAGAGGUGUGUGAUGGCCAAUGUCGUAGUACCUCCUCUGGACCACAAGAUGGCGCUGUAAAACUUGUACAUUCAAACCAACCACCAAAGUUGUUGGUUAAGUUGUGCCCCUGGUUCUCUUUUUCAGGAAACUGGAGCAUGGAUAUUAUAUUAUAUUAUAUUAUAUUAUAUUAUAUUAUAUUAUAUAUACACGUGGGCAUGUCCAGUUUGUCAGAAAAUAGUCACAAAUAAAGGAGUUUCACCCUCAGAUUUUGUGCACUAAUUUCUAUUUUUACAAUAUUAAAUACAUUUUGCUAUUUAACUGUGUCUUAAAAUAAAUAAAUACAUGGAUGAUUAACAUUUAAUUACAUUUAUUUAUCCCGAAUGUAGCUGUGGAGAACGGUGAACAAAUGUGUAAGUGAAGUGAAUGUGAAGUGUAAGUAAUAACAUAACUAUAGCACUGCACAUAUGAAGAUGCCUGUCAAUAUAAAAAGUUAAGAAUUUAUUUGUAAAGUCUUAGUAGUAACUUUAUCUGCCAAGUCGUAGUUGUAUCUCACAUACAGAUCCCUUUCUCAUUUAAAAAAAUGUCCAACACAGCUUAAACUCCAAUGAUAAAUUACUGCUCAACACGUAUUAAGCACGCUGUUAACAACACUACCGUUUGAUAAUAUCUUACUUUUUGAAACAUCUUAACUGUUGGUAGCUGUUGUCAUAUGCAGAAAUACAUCCGUGGUGGCCAGAUCGUAUAAUACAUCUAAGGCUUCUCUCUCAGAGGCGGACCAGAAUCGGACAGCCAAAAAGCGUUUUUCUGCCAACGUUAGCUUACCUAUGUCGUCAUUGGCCCAACGUGUCUUCUCAUUGGCUACGGCCCUCUGGGAGGAGCCAGAGAGGAGGGAAGAGGAAGUAGGAAAACAGAUUUAAACCGAGUUUGUGCCAUUACCUCUGUUUGUCAGUACAGUGAGAGAAAGUCGGUCCAGAGGAAUUCUGGAUGCUAAAACACUCUGGAGCUGCUUUUUUGUCGAACACGAGUGAGGCUGGACGGUGAGCACGCCUGAAGCGCGAAGGUGUACUGGUUCAGGUGCUGCAGCCUGGACAGAAACACCAGCUCUCACCUGACAAACCAAAUAGGUGUCACCACUUUGUCCAUGAUCACAGAGAGUCUUCAUACAAUGAAGAAGUCCCUUGAAACCAGGACAGAGGCCUUCAGGAUUCAAACUUCAACCAUUAAAUCACAGAGAGAAGAGACAGACGUGAAGACAUUUCCAUAAGGAUUCAAACUUCAACCAUUAAAUCAUAGAGAGAAGAGAGAGACGUGAAGACAUUUCCAGAAGGUCCUCAGCUGCUGUCUUCUUCACCUCCUGCCAAGAGACAAGAACCUGUCAAUUUUCCUUUCCUAAACUCUUUACAACAAAGUAUGACAUAUUUUAAUAUGUUUCCAAAUUAUUGGUCCCAGUAAUGACUAGAAACAAGAGUAAGAGCCUAUUGUAAUUAUAAAAUACUUACCUCUCAAAUUUCAAACAUGAACCAUGUAGUAAAUACAGGGAACCAUUUUUACUGUUUUACUUCAAAGUACUUAAUAAAGUGAAGAUUAAAAUUU